CUUUACCAUCAGUGUAAAACAGUUGACAAAACAGCACAAUGGUUUAAAUAUCUAAUGCUUAUCGUGAUCAUGAAUCUGGGUGAUGGUUUAUGAAUGAUGGUGAUGACAGCAUCCUCCUCGACUGUCGCUCCCAUGUUCUAACACCUGCGCAGCUGCCGGUAAUUCAUACAAUUUUGUCUGAUGCGGAUCGCUGCUGGCUUCACUGUCUAUACCCAAUGGUCUGUACGGACGAACUGCCACCAUUUUAAACUCUUUGAAGACAAACUUGGAAAAUAUAAGAAUAUGCUAUUUGUGAGCACGCUGUUUAUUGAGGAUUACAGACAUCUAAAAAGCAGAGUCGUUUGGUUGGGGUUGCCUUUGUUUCCUGUUGAGAGAGUAGAGGACUGAUGCUGCGUCGAACACCCUCCUCAUCAGCAGAGCCGAUGAUAAACAUUUAAAUUGUCGGAUGAUCGAACCUGAGCGGAAGAUCUCCGAGGCUCGCUCUUGGACCAUCCACUCAUCUGUAAGGUCCUUUAUAAAUAAAUAAAUAAGGGGACGGGAUAUUGUUUAAAUAGGAUAAGGCAAUUACCAGAUGAAACCCCACUACAGGGCCUCAACGUAAAGAACCGGUUUAAACCGUCAAUAACCAUUGGACAGAGUCUGCCAUAGGGGAGAUAUCAAAAACUCAGUAGCACACACACACCAUCAUUCCUGAUGGCGCUUGAAGACUCUUCCUUCCCCUCGCGGCCAGAGUCCCUCCCUCUGCCCGUGGUGGAGAAAGGGAAGGGACCAGUGGAAGAGGCUAGCGAGGUGACGGCCUCCACCGGAGUGUUUGAUGUGUCUGAGGAUCUGGGCCAUGUGGUUACCACGGAUACCGCCCAGCCUGGCGUUAACAGAUCGUGGAAGUCCAAGUUGGCAGAGAGGCAGGCCAAUGCAGCAUCCGAGGAGUACGUUAAGAAGCUGCCUCGGGUGGUGGAGAAGGAGAGGGGUAGAUUUGGCUGGGCCAAGAGACGUAAGACUCAGCGCUAUGUGGAGAAGAAUGGUCGCUGUAACGUUUCACAUGGCAACAUGAGGGAGACGUACCGUUAUCUGACAGAUAUCUUCACCACGCUGGUGGACCUCAACUGGCGCUGCUCUCUCUUCGUCUUCGUCAUGGCCUAUGCCAUCACCUGGCUCUUCUUCGGGGCCAUUUGGUACCUGAUAGCCUACCUCCGAGGCGAUCUAGAUCAUCUGGAGGAUGAGACAUGGACACCGUGCGUCAACAACGUGAACGGCUUCAUCUCUGCCUUCCUCUUCUCCAUCGAGACAGAGACCACCAUUGGUUACGGCCACCGUGUCAUCACUGACCAGUGUCCAGUGGGCACCAUGCUACUCCUGCUCCAGGCCAUACUAGGAUCUAUGGUCAACGCCUUCAUGGUGGGCUGUAUGUUUGUGAAGAUCUCUCAGCCCAAUAAGCGCGCGGAGACCCUGGUGUUUUCUAAGAAUGCAGUGAUCUCUCUGAGAGACGACAGACUGUGUCUGAUGUUCCGGGUGGGGGACCUGCGCAGCUCGCACAUUGUUGGAGCCAACAUGAGGGCCAAACUCAUAAAGUCUAAACAGACUCAGGAAGGUGAGUUUAUCCCUCUGGACCAGACAGACAUCAGUGUGGGUUUUGAGACUGGGGACGACCGCCUGUUUCUGGUGUCUCCACUGGUCAUCUCCCACGAGAUCGAUUGCCGCUCGCCCUUCUGGGACAUGUCUCAGGGCCAGCUGGAGAAGGACGACUUUGAGAUGGUCGUCAUCCUGGAGGGAAUGGUGGAGGCCACUGGUAUGACGUGCCAGGCGCGAAGCUCUUACCUGGCAGACGAGGUCCAGUGGGGUCACAGGUUCAGUCCGAUGAUGUCACUGGCCGAAGGCUUCUUUGACAUUGACUAUGGCGCCUUCCAUCAAACCUUUGAGGUGGACACUCCCUCCUGCUCAGCGCACGAACUCUCAUUAGCUGCGGCCCGAUUGGAGGCUCAUCUCUAUUGGUCGAUCUCCAGUAAACUGGAUGAAGAGAAAUGGGAGGGAUCUUCUCUGACCAACCAAUCAGGGAAGCAGCUAGACAAUGGGAAAGGAGGGGUCGUCGGCCCCGUUUCAUUUACUGUUGGUGAGAUCACUGGAAUAGAAGAACAAUCCGGACCAGGGGAGUUGAAUGGAAGUGUCACCACUGACCAGUCAGAAUCAGAGGCCUAAAGUAGAUUGGGGCACCCUAUCCCCUAUGCAGUGCACUUAUUUUGAGCAGAGCCCUGGUCCACAGUACUAUAAAUAUCAUGACAGGAUGAACCACAACUGCAGUACUGUAAAUGUACUUUUAGCUAAUGUAUAACAUACAGCCAUAGAACAUUUUUCCCCAAGGGAGAGUUGGGUGGUUUAAAUGGUCCAUUUUGCUCCUUCUUUGCUGUGUUGGAUAACAUUGACUUGGACAUGACAAAUUAUAUCAAUUCAAUUUUGUCUUUCAUUUCUCUGGUGAUAUUUUAUUAUUACCAUGAAUGUCUGUGCUUCACUAUAAUUAUAUUAUAUUGUUAUAGCUCCAAUAUCCUCUGUCAACAACAUACAUUUUAUGAAUUAAUACAUUUUUUUAAUUUUUUUAUUUAAGAAUUAAGUAUUGACAAUUCUUUGUCAGGAAAGAGGAUGUUGUUCAGCCAGGUGAGAACGUUCAGAGACAGAAAGAGAACUGUGUUUUGGAAUGUUCUGGAACGUUCAGAGACAUAGAAAGAGAACUGUGUUUUGGAAUGUUCUGGAACGUUCAGAGACAUAGAAAGAGAACUGUGUUUUGGAAUGUUCUGGAACGUUCAGAGACAUAGAAAGAGAACUGUGUUUUGGAAUGUUCUGGAACGUUCAGAGACAUAGAAAGAGAACUGUGUUUUGGAAUGUUCUGGAACGUUCAGAGACAUAGAAAGAGAACUGUGUUUUGGAAUGUUCUGGAACGUUCAGAGACAUAGAAAGAGAACUGUGUUUUGGAAUGUUCUGGAACGUUCAGAGACAUAGAAAGAGAACUGUGUUUUGGAAUGUUCUGGAAAGUUCAGAGACAUAGAAAGAGAACUGUGUUUUGGAAUGUUCUGGAACGUUCAGAGACAUAGAAAGAGAACUGUGUUUUGGAAUGUUCUGGAACGUUCAGAGACAUAGAAAGAGAACUGUGUUUUGGAAUGUUCUGGAACGUUCAGAGACAUAGAAAGAGAACUGUGUUUUGGAAUGUUCAGAGACAUAGAAAGAGAAGCAUGUCAUGUGUUGGCUGAAUUGGGGAGUCAAUGUAUAAAAGGAAUGAUGUAUUAUGGAUAGUGUGAUAGAAGAGAACAUGUAUGGUUUUUCACUUUAGCAUGUAAAGAGCAUAUCAAGGAAUCGAUUGAAAUAGUAUCUCUAAAUCUCUUUAUCUCUAAAAAAAAAAAACAAGGAUUGUUUUAAAAGAUUAUAUAGAAGUGUACAUUAUGAUUACAUUAAAACAACCACCAUCUUGUGAUUUAAUUUAGAUGUAGAAUCAUUACUGUGUUAACAAUUUUAAAGGGUUACAUCAUAUGUACCGUAGCUUAUCACUGACCAUGUCCCAACUGGAGACCAGUGGAAGUAUUCAUCUAACAAAACAAAGUAUUUUCUCUCUUGGGAAUGUUUCUGUGUGAUUUCACGUAGAAAGUAAGUAGCACAAUGAAAUAUUUUCUUUCUAUAGCCUCUUAGGAUUUAAGCACAACUGUGUUCCGCUCUGCUCACCCCAACCUCGUGCUUCUGCUGCUGUGUACAUAGGAGCCUUUUUACUUGAUGUUUUUAAUAUAUUAAAAAAAUCAGAAUUAUUAUCUAUCAAAAUUAAUAAACUAUAUUCCACACCAA